CGUAUUUAACUUCCAUCUCGUUGCCUCACCUUCCUCACCCCGCCAUCUCUCUUCAAAUUCUCGAUGGAUUUUUCAAAUUUCAACCCUGCCGAACAGGCCCAUAUGACCAAGAUCAUCGAGAAGAAGCAGAUGCAAGACUUUCUCAAGAUGUACUCAAACAUUGUGGAAAAGUGCUUCAACACGUGUUGUAACGAUUUCACCACUAAAGCCUUGACAUCCAAAGAGGAAGCGUGUGUAAUGCAUUGUACGGAGAAGUUUAUUAAACAUUCAGAGAGAGUCGGGGCUAGGUUUUCUGAGAUGAAUGCCGAGGUCAUGAACGCGCAAAACCAGUCAUGAUACGCCACAAAAGUACAUACAUACGUAACACCCCAGGAGCCUAAUCAGAAAAACAUUUCAUCAUGCUU